UGCACCCUCUCAACACGCUCUGCAAUUACUCUUCGCUGCUUCUGUUCCCUCCCUCCUUCCGUUUCUUUCCUCCUUCAAUGCUUUUCCAUUUCUCCCUAUCUCAAUCUCUUUUCCCUUCUUCUCCUCCUCCCUCCUUCUCACCGUAAAAUAACUCUCUUUCUUUUACCAUACUAAGAUCCAAAACGAAAAAAACGGUAACCGUUUCCAAUGUCUCUUCUAUUCAACCAAAAAUGUUCCUCUUUUUCUUCAACGAGUUGAUUAAAUGCUUUUGUUCCCAAAACUACAGAUCUGCACAAGCACUCUCAUCACUGAAAAGCACAUAAUCAAAGAGCUAGCUAACUGGAGCUGAACCCUUACCUCCGAAAAUCAAAUAAGGUUCACUGUGUUCUCUAUAUAUGUGUGGCCACCAUAGUAGCGAGUGUUGGUUGUUUUGAGGGUUUGUGAAAAAAUAUGAUUCCGGCGAGAAACAGAAACAUGCGAUCGGUUAUUGGAAGGAAUUACUACGAAAACGACGUCGUUUCUGCUGCUGGGUUUGGAUCCUCAUCACCUCUCAGUCUUUCUUAGAUUGAAGAAUUAUCAUCAUAAAGGGUGUUGGUGAGGAAUCUUGAAAGAUCUGUAGAAAUAUGUUCCAACCAAACAUGACUGAAGCUGUUGGUGGCCUUCACUAUCAUCACCAGUAUCAUCCUUUUGAUAUGGCUCAGAACACAACAACAUCGGAGAGUGAUGUACCGAGAAUUCGAGAGGACGAGUUAUUCGACAGCGCCACCAAGUCCGGCAGCGAGAACCUUGAGGUUGAAGGUGGUGGAGGAAGUGGUGGUGGUGGUGAAGGUGGUUCUGCUGGGGAAGACCAAAACCCUCGCCCUAAUAAGAAGAAACGCUAUCACCGCCAUACCCAACACCAGAUCCAAGAGAUGGAAGCUUUCUUUAAGGAGUGCCCUCACCCAGAUGACAAGCAAAGGAAGGAGCUGAGUAGGGAGUUAGGGUUAGAGCCAUUGCAAGUGAAGUUCUGGUUCCAGAACAAACGCACUCAAGUGAAGACUCAAACUGAAAGGAGCGAGAACUCACAGCUAAGAGCGGAAAAUGAGAAGCUUAGAGCAGAUAACAUGAGGUAUAGGGAAGCACUAAGCAAUGCAUCGUGCCCUAGUUGUGGUGGCCCAACCGCCAUAGGGGAAAUGUCAUUCGAUGAACAUCACCUCAGGCUUGAAAAUGCACGUCUUAGGGAAGAGAUUGAUCGAAUUUCAGCAAUUGCAGCCAAGUACGUAGGCAAGCCUGUGGUGAACUAUUCAAACCUCUCCCCUGCCCUCCCACCUCGCCCGCUAGAACUCGGCGUUAGCGGUGGCAGUGGCGGCUUUGGAGGUGGUAGUGACAUGUACAGUGGUGGUGCCGGAGACUUCCUGAGGUCGAUAAACGGGCCCUCGGAAGCCGACAAGCCACUGAUAAUUGAGCUGGCUGUUGCAGCCAUGGAGGAGUUAGUUGGGAUGGCACAAAUGGGUGAGCCACUUUGGUUGACAAUGACCUCCAUUGACGGUGGCACUUCCACUGUGCUCAACGAGGAUGAGUACGUUAGAACCUUCCCUCGUGGAAUUGGCCCCAAACCUGCUGGGUUCAGAUCCGAAGCUUCUAGAGAAACCGCUGUUGUUAUCAUGAACCAUGUUAACCUCGUCGAAAUUCUCAUGGAUGUGAACAAUUGGUCGACAAUGUUCUCUGGUAUAGUCUCAAGAGCUAUAACUAUAGAAGUGCUAUCAACAGGAGUGGCUGGGAACUACAAUGGUGCUUUACAAGUGAUGAGUGCAGAAUUACAAGUACCUUCUCCACUUGUGCCAACUCGAGAGAGCUAUUUUGUGAGAUAUUGUAAGCAGCAUGUAGAUGGGAGUUGGGCAGUGGUGGAUGUGUCGUUGGAUCAUUUGCGCCCUGGUCUUACUCCAAGAUCUAGAAGAAGGCCUUCUGGUUGCUUAAUCCAUGAAAUGCCCAAUGGUUAUUCUAAGGUGACAUGGGUUGAGCAUGUGGAAGUGGAUGAUAGAGGUGUUCCUAACCUUUACAAGCAGCUUGUAAACUCUGGGCAUGCAUUUGGUGCAAAACGUUGGGUUGCAACUUUGGAUAGACAAUGUGAGAGGCUUGCUAGUGCCAUGGCAACAAACGUUCCUACCGUAGAUGUUGGAGUGAUAACAAACCAAGAAGGGAGGAAGAGUAUGCUGAAGCUGGCAGAGAGAAUGGUGAUAAGCUUUUGUGGAAGACCACCUGGCAUUGUUCUAAGUGCUGCCACUUCCUUUUGGCUUCCAGUUCCUCCCAAAACAGCCUUUGAUUUCCUCCGUGAUGAGAAUUCAAGAAGUGAGUGGGAUAUUCUUUCAAAUGGUGGAGCAGUGCAAGAAAUGGCGCACAUUGCAAAUGGAAGAGAUACCGGAAAUUGUGUGUCGCUACUUAGAGUCAAUAGUGCAAAUUCAAGCCAGAGCAACAUGUUGAUACUGCAAGAGAGCUGCACAGAUUCAACAGGCUCCUUUGUAGUUUAUGCUCCUGUGGACAUUGUUGCCAUGAAUGUGGUUUUGAAUGGAGGGGACCCAGAUUAUGUGGCACUUCUUCCUUCAGGAUUUGCCAUCCUCCCCGAUGGAAGUUCAGGCGGCUGCGGCAGCGGCAUUGGUGGUGAAACAAAUGGCCCUACUGGUGGGGGCGGUGGCGGCGGAGGUGGUUCUCUAUUGACGGUUGCAUUCCAAAUAUUGGUUGAUUCAGUUCCAACGGCUAAGCUUUCUCUUGGGUCAGUUGCAACCGUUAAUAGUCUUAUUUCUUGCACUGUUGAGAGAAUCAAGGCUUCUUUGUCUGGUGAUCCUGCUUCACUAUGAUUGAAUCAUCAUGUGCUUAUACAAGAAGGAUAUAAUGAUUGAUAUUUUGGAAAACAUAAAAGAUGAAGUGUUGAGGAAAUUGGGAUUUAUACAGAAUGAUGUGGAGAAGUCAAGAACGCACCUUGCAUGAUAUUCCUUCUCGGGUUCGGGAAUUGACUUCCCUGGACAAAAAAAAAGUAAAAACACUACUAAGACCUUAAUUAAUUAGUGUCCUUCAACAUUUCCAAGACUUCUAUAAUAUAGCUUUAGGGAGGAUUAACCUUUUGGGUAACUAGCUAGUUCUUAAUUAUAUUCAAUUGGUGUUAACUUUUAAUUUUGCUGUAGACACUCUAAGCUACCACUAGUUGGUGAUGGCAAGUUUGCACCACUAGGCUUCCUCUUUCAUCCAUUUUAUGGGUUUUGAAAUCGACAUUGUGUUCGAUUAUGCAAAGUAGCUAGAGAGCUUUGACAUUCAUUUAA